AUGCUGCUCCGACGCCCCAUGGCGGCGCGUCGCGCUCGCGUCUUCACGGCGCUCACGCCACACGUGAUCCAGCGCGCGCCUCUCUUCUCGUUCCUGAAGCCGUCGCAGGCGCUGGUGAAAUCCCACACGGAGACGCGCGUCGUGCCGUUUUCGUGCUCGGAAAUGUUUGACGUGGUGGCUGACGUCGAGCGCUAUAGCGAUUUCCUGCCCUUCUGUGUCGAGUCGCGCGUUCUGCGACGACCGAAUGAGAACGUCAUGGAGGCGGCACUGCGUGUGGGCUUCAACAUUUUCACAGAGUCCUACACGUCUCGAGUUCUCAUGAUCCGGCCCAAUAAGAUUGCAACGAAAGCGAUCGACUCGCCGACAUUCAAGCGGAUUGAAAGCGAGUGGAUGUUCAAGCCGUGCGAGACGCCUGGAAGCUGCGAGAUUGCGUUUCGAGUGACAUUUGAGGUGUCGUCGUUUUUGCAUGCGAAUGCUAUCCAGCUUUUCUUCGACGAUGUUGCUCUCACUCAGCUGAAUGCAUUCAUUGGCCGUGCUCGGAAGACGUACGGGUCAAAGCCGCGGUCGAUUCCGCACGCAUCUGCCAAGGAAGAAUCGCCGACGGUGCAAUCUGCAGCGAAGAGUACAGCAACUAAUGCGACUGAGAGCGCCAGUUUGACAACCGAUGGUGUGGAAGCACCUGUACAGGAGGCAGAAGCUACGGUAUCACGUCGCACGAAAGGUGGCAUUUCUACCCAAACCUACAGAGAUCUAGCGAACGUGUUCGACGAUUACGCCGACAAGAACGGCAAACUGUACUAUGGUGGGUUCAUGGCAGCUUGUAUGGCACUCAGUGAUGAAUACGAAGACAUGAAAGACGUGAGUGAAAGCGCUACGCUAGCGGGGGCUGUCUUUUCCAGCUUUGAGACGCAUACAACACCAAAAGAUUGGCUUACUUUGGACGAGUUUGUAGUCGGCGUGUAUCUGAUGACGAAGGGCACAUUUGAGCAAAAGGCACACAACCUUUUUGAGAUUGUGAAUGCAACGGGGAGUGGCAAAAUCACUCGCGAGGAGCUCACACUUGCGAUGCAACGCCGGAUUCGUGCAGUGAAGAAGCUCUUUCCCAAGCUGCUGCGAGACCAAGUGCAGAUCCAGAUGGGAAAUAAGCAGAGCGAAGAGCUUUCGUCGAUUCAAGACGCUGCCGUCGCGAACGGUGUCAAGGCUAUUGAGCAGUUGAUGGAGGCGGUUGAGAAGGACAUUCCUCUCGCCGUGAAUCAGAUCUUUCGUGAAGCCGACCUCGACCAAGAUGACUACAUCCGCGAGCAAGAGUGGAUGUUCGCGUGGCAGGCACACCCGGAGUUUGUAGAGCUACUCACUAUUGACGGUAUGAAGAAAAUGGCGCAAUGGGCUUCAGUUGUCCAAGAGGCCAGCAUUAAGGAUGACGAGGACGACGAUGACAAGACGAAUCCGUCUGGGCAGAGCCUUGACACAAGGCUCAUGCACGUGGACUGA